ACUGCGCCCCCAGUUUGGCAGCCUCCCCUGGACUUGCCUCCUUACCGUGCAGCGACGCCAAAAAAAAAAAAAAAAAAGGCGCUUGUAUUCGAGUAAUUACAGGGCCGUCGCUUCUAAACGCACCAAGGCGCAUGCUUAGUCCCUGGUCACGUGAUGCCUGUCAUGGCCUCCUCCGUGGCCUGGGGAGGUGUGAAUGCUGGGUUCCUGCUGCGGGCUGCCAGGGGUGCCUGGUGGAGCCGACCUGGAGGCUUUUGGGGGUCCGGGGAGGCGGCGGCGCCAGCGAUAGCCAGGAAAUUCCGGGCGACAGGCUCGCGCCCGGCGGGGGAAGAAGAAGCCAGCGGCCCCGAGCGGCCCGGGGACGUGGUGAACGUGGUGUUCGUGGACCGGUCAGGCCAACGGAUUCCGGUGAGGAAACUGAGCCCCAGGUUGAGCAGACCUGGUCCAAGGUCAAGGGCCUGCGAAGCUUCCUUGGCAUGCUCCACCUGCCACGUGUAUGUGAGUGAAGACCACCUGGACCUUCUGCCGCCUCCUGAUGAGAGGGAGGACGACAUGCUGGAUAUGGCCCCUCUCCUCCAAGAGAACUCCCGGCUGGGCUGCCAGAUCGUGCUGACGCCUGAGCUGGAAGGGGCCGAAUUCACCCUGCCCAAGAUCACCAGGAACUUCUAUGUGGAUGGCCACGUCCCCAAGCCCCACUGACACGGGCAGCUGGACGGUCCCAGACGCUGAUGGCCCCAGGGCCAGGACUGGAAGAACAUAGCCAAGAUGCCAGCCCAGCCCAGCCCAGAGCGCGGACAGAUCGGAGAGAGAUGGCGGAAGCACCCAGAAAGUCAAAACCCUGGCUUCAGAGAGAUCCCAUGUCCCAGCUCUGGUGGGGCCCGGCCCCUAAUGGGGCUGCCUCAACUAAGCUCAUGAGAAUGGGGGUGUGGAUAGGGGUGGAAUCUAAUUGGAGCGAUAAUAAAACUGUCUCACAGA